CAGCCCAGCACAAUGUUGAGGCAGAAGAUGCACACAAACACACUCCCUGCUGCGACCACCAUAGAGCUCUGAAGCUUUGUGUCGCAUCCUCACAUUUAUUAAUGCCCAUUAUCCAUGGUCUGUGAGCAUCAUCCCUUUUCCUGGUUCUUCUGGUUCGUGCAGUGGGUUUGGAAGGCUGGUGUGGUCCGCUCCCCUUUGAGGUUGAAGCUUCGGAGCGGAGCUCGACGGAGGAUCACCACGAGGGAGGGAGGCAGAUUUUGAGAGGGACCCAAUUGCUGUGUGGGUGCAUGUGACCUGGAAUGUGGAGUUUCAUAAGAUGGAACAGGCGGAUGAAAUGCAGGGAUGGAAGAGUUUCUAUUCGCUGGUUUGGGUUGGAGUUGUUGAAGGAAGCUUGAGAGUCAUUCUGAACUGUUAGUUACGUGAUGGUUGUUUUCGUUCCUGCAAGUUCAGUUCAAACUUCCUUAGGGUUGUUGUGGGGAUGUGCAUGUAGCCGACUGCACUAGCUGUUUUUGGGUUUUUGGUAAUUUGAUUUGAUUUGUUUUGUUGUUUCAUUUAUUUUGGUCCAUUCUCAUGGCCUUCAAAGUUUCUGCGCUCUGGAACCACCCUACCGGCCCUAAAACCAUUCAUUUCUGGGCACCAACAUUUAAAUGGGGCAUCUCUAUAGCGAACGUUUCUGAUUUUUCAAUGCCACCUGAAGCGAUUUCAUAUCCGCAACAGAUCGCUGUAGCAGCCUCUGGCUUGAUUUGGUCCCGAUACAGCAUGGUUAUUGUUCCGGAGUUUAUCAGCUCUCUCGCAAGAUUCAACAAGAUUACAUGGAUGUCCCAGGUUCGCCAGGAAAGAAGGUCGCUCAGCCAUGAUCAGGCGGCUAUGAAGGAUUGUGUAGUUUCUCGUGCUCCUGUCAAUUCUGCAAUCGGGUGGGAACCAACUGGAUUAAUGAAAUGCUGGCAUUGUAUAGCAUGCAAUCUACAGAGAAGCUGAAUCUGACAGGGUGGAUAGACAUAUACUUGGCUAAAGCAGCACAGUUCUAAAUAAUAGUUCUAAAUCCAUCCAAUGUAAGUUGAAAUCUGGAUAUCCCACUCAGGAGUUUUACUUCACUUGUUUCUGGACAGUGUAAUAUGGAGACCAAUUGAGUAAGUCUGUGGUUACAAAAUCAUGGUGACAUUGAUGUGAACAGAAUAUCAAAACAUUGGACAGUGUAUAUGAUGUUCUUUUUUUCAACUUCAAUGUUUUUUUUUUCUU